AUGAGCUCGCCAUUGACGAAGCAGCGAUCAAAUGAGAUAGACCCAUUCAGCACGCCGGACAUCUACUACGGCAAUGAGCCAAGCUACAAGUCGGGCAGCAAGUACCAUACUCGCACAUAUUCGAUAGGUAAUCCGCGUCUUUCGGCGAUAGAUGCAACAUUUGAACCCAAGUGCCCCAAACGCCGGGGAAGUCACGAUGAGAUCUCUAUGGUGCCUAGGAAAUUCCUAAUUCAGGUCGACUCGACUCUCGCCCAUCUAGCAGCCCAAGAAGACACCGAUAAGAAUUGGCAGAUCACAAUUGAGGAUACCGGGCCGAAGGUGCUUUCCGUUGGAACUGCGGGAUCCAAUGGCUUCAGACGCUUCGAUAUCCGAGGAACUUAUAUGCUCUCGAACCUCCUUCAGGAGCUGCACCUUGCAAAAGAGCACGGCCGCCGACAGAUCGUCCUCGACGAAUCUCGUCUAAGCGAGAACCCCGUUAACCGUUUGGCACGACUCAUCAAGGACUCCUUUUGGGAUGGUCUGACACGGGUGAUUGAUGGUUCCGUUAUUGAGAUUGCUGGGAAAGACCCCAAAGACUGGACUGAUGAUCCGCGGCCACGUAUUUAUAUUCCCCGCGGAGCACCCGAACAAUAUGAGUACUAUACAAAGGUGGCGAGGGAGAGACCGGAGAUCCGUCUCGACGUCCUAUGGUUACCGGAGAAAAUCACACCCGAGGCUGUCAGGGACAUGAAUGCAAAACCAGGACUUCUUGCCGUGGCUAUGGACGAGGUAAUCGAUAGGGUCACCGGUGCCAAGACUCUCAAAGGCAAGCCUUUCGUUGUUCCCGGAGGACGCUUCAAUGAGUUGUAUGGCUGGGACAGCUAUAUGGAAUCUUUAGGUUUGAUUGUCACCGACAAGGUCCAUCUAGCGAAGUCCAUGGUCGAGAACUUCUGUUUCUGCAUCAAGCAUUAUGGCAAAAUCCUAAAUGCUACUCGAUCAUAUUACCUAUGCCGCUCUCAACCCCCUUUUCUCACGGACAUGGCCAUGCGAGUUUACGACGAGAUCCAGCGUGAACCAGGAGCACGCGAGUUCCUACGAACUUCCAUUCUGGCUGCAAUCAAGGAGUAUAACAGCGUAUGGAUGGCCUUACCUCGAUAUGACCCAGCAACGGGGCUUUCCAGGUAUCGCCCCGAAGGCCUCGGCGUGCCGCCUGAGACCGAAGCUACGCAUUUCACACACAUUCUGGAACCGUAUGCCAAAAAGUACAAUAUGACAUUCGAAGAAUUUGUUCAAGCAUAUAACUACGGCAAAGUCUCGGAGCCUGAGCUUGACGAAUAUUUCCUUCAUGAUCGAGCGGUUCGUGAAUCUGGCCACGAUACUUCAUACCGUUUAGAGAAGGUCUGCGCCAACCUCGCAACCAUUGAUCUCAACUCUUUGCUUUACAAAUAUGAAAGGGACAUUUCCAAAGCGAUCCAGAAGUUCUUCGGCGAUAAACUCACCAUUCCAGCGGAGUUCUGCGCAGGGGACAUGGUCCCCGGUAAUAUUCAGACAUCUUCGAUGUGGGAUCGCAAGGCUAGGCGUCGCAAAGCUGCAGUUGAUAAGUAUCUAUGGAAUGAGCAGAAGGGGAUGUACUUCGAUUACGAUACUGUGAAGAAGGAGCAAUGCACCUAUGAGUCAUGUACAACUUUCUGGGCCAUGUGGUCCGGCCUCGCGACCCCAGCCCAAGCUGCUCGUCUUGUAGCCACUGCCAUCCCGAAAUUCGAGGCUUUGGGUGGACUGCUCUCUGGAACGGAAGAAUCGCGAGGUCAAACCGGCCUCCAGCGACCGAAUCGUCAGUGGGAUUAUCCGUAUGGAUGGGCUCCUCAGCAAAUGCUGGCUUGGGGCGGCUUGGAUCGAUACGGAUAUCGCGAAGAAGUUCAACGACUAGCAUACAAAUGGCUGUUCAUGAUGACGAAAGCCUUCGUGGAUUUCAACGGUGUGGUGGUCGAGAAAUACGAUGUAACACGAGGUAUCGAUCCUCACCGGGUCAGCGCUGAGUACGGAAAUCAAGGGCUUGAUUUCAUCGGCGUUGCAAGAGAGGGGUUCGGCUGGGUCAAUGCCAGCUAUGUAUAUGGUUUACAGUUCACGACUGCCCAUAUGCAGCGAGCCCUUGGCACUCUGACCCCCUGGGAGAAGUAUGCUCGGGCUAUAGAGAUGAACUCCCGCCCCGAUUGA